UUUCGAAAGGAAAGUUUCUUCAUACCUGUCUGAACAGGGAGAGCCGGACCGCUGUAGGGCACAGAAAAGACAGAAUUAAACAAAGAAAUUGGGCUGGGAGGAAAACAAAUGAAAGAGCAAGGAGUGUAGGACAAACAUAUUUAAGGAGAAGACAGGAAAAGACUGUGCUUUUUUUCUCCAUUCCCUGCUGGGCUGCUGCUUUAACUUUCUGAGACCGGUGGCUAUUUUAAUCUGUCAGUGUCGGAGUGGUUUAGGAUGGAUGCCAUCAUGCUGCAAGAGAAACUGGUGGAACGGCUGCUGUGCCCACGAGUGAGAACCGCAAGACAGAAGGAGAAACAAUAUGUGGGCUUUGCAACUCUGCCAAACCAGGUCCAUCGGAAGUCUGUAAAGAAAGGCUUCGAUUUCACCCUAAUGGUUGCAGGAGAGUCCGGGAUGGGGAAGUCCACUCUGGUCAACAGCCUGUUCCUCACAGACCUCUACAAAGACAGAAAGUUACUGAACGCUGAGGAGCGGAUUAACCAAACGGUAGAGAUCAUCAAACACACUGUAGACAUCGAGGAGAAAGGAGUGAAGCUCAAGCUGACCAUAGUAGACACGCCGGGGUUUGGAGAUGCCGUCAACAACAAUGAGUGCUGGAAGCCAAUCACAGACUACAUCGAUCAGCAGUUUGAACAAUACUUCAGGGAUGAGAGUGGGCUGAACAGAAAGAACAUCCAGGACAACAGAGUCCACUGCUGCCUCUACUUCAUCCCUCCAUUUGGGCAUGGCUUGCGUCCCGUGGAUGUGGAGUUUAUGAAGGCUCUUCAUGAAAAAGUGAACAUAAUUCCUCUCAUUGCAAAAGCCGACUGCCUCACACCCAAUGAGAUAAAAAAGCUUAAAGAUAGAAUACGAGAGGAAAUAGACAAGUUUGGGAUCAAAGUGUACCAGUUCCCUGAAUGUGACUCUGAUGAGGACGAGGAGUUUAAACAACUCGACAAAGAGCUUAAGGAGUGCACGCCGUUCGCUGUGAUUGGCAGCAACACUGUGGUGGAGGCAAGAGGACAGAGAGUGAGAGGAAGACUGUACCCCUGGGGGAUCGUUGAAGUGGAAAACCAGUCGCACUGUGACUUUGUGAAACUGAGGAACAUGCUGAUCCGUUCGCACAUGCAUGACCUUAAAGACGUAACCUGUGACGUCCACUAUGAAAACUACAGAGCGCAUUGCAUCCAGGAGAUGACCAGUAAACUGGCUCAGGACAAUCGGAUGGAGAGCCCCAUUCCCAUCCUGCCACUGUCCACUCCAGAUGUGGACACUGAGAAGCUAAUAAAGAUGAAAGAUGAGGAGCUGAAGAGGAUGCAGGAGAUGCUGAAUAAGAUGCAGCAGCAGAUGCAUAAGGAUCAGUGACAUUUCCAGAGGCAGAGCUGUCCUGCAUCGCCACCUGCUGUUUCUCCCUUUGAACGGCCGUGAGACCUUCAGAUCAAGAUUUGGAGUGUUCUGGAUAGCAACUCUGGCUGACUGCAUUUAUCUUCAGUUUGGUGCUUCAUUUUGUCUGUCUGCCUGGAGGUUGUUUCAGUUUUCCAAUUUUGAGCCCCCAGCGUUAAUAUCAACUCAAUUAAUUUUAAGAUAUAAUUUAAGAAAACGUCUCAGUAUCUAAUUUAUAACACAGUGCUUAACAUUUCUGGAUAUAAUGUGAGAUGUUUUGUAAAGAACUGUAGGCUAAUGGUUAGAUUUGAACAUGGGUGUUGUUUUUAUUAUGCAAUUCUGUGUUGGAUAUGCAAGUGUAUAUCAUCUUUCCUCAACUCCAAGUUUCUGUCUUUAAAAUCCCUAUUUUCCUUCUUAAGGAAGUUCGAAUUAAUUGAAAUCUAAUAUUUGCUGUGAAUUUGUUCAUUAACAUUUAGAGUUUCUUGUGGUCAGUAUAAACAUCCUCUUCCUGAAUCUUUUGACAUGCAGUCUGGGCUGAAAAUGCACUUAUUGCCAGCGGUUAACUGCUAAAAUAAGGGUUUGUGCAUUAUAAAGUGCAUGUGUGCGCAUGCCGUCAUUACUCAUAUGUCCUGGAAGCUUUGGGCCUAUUUUUUACUGCUUUGUAACUGAUUCCUUGUGCUUGUAUUUAAUGCAUCCAGCGUGUAGUUUGCGUUGUUGCCACUACACUAUGGAAAAUAAGCAAUGAGGAGCAAAUACCAUGUCUGUGCUUCUGUUUUAAACUUAUCUCCCUGGAAGUGAGUAAAGCCAUUGAUGUAGUGAAACCUCUGUGUCAGUUAAGAGUGGAGAGUGUGUACAGAUGUAUGUUUGUAUGUAUGUGUGAUUUGACUUUACUGCUGUUGAUGACCUGUACAGAUGUCCCCUGAAGGCUGUGAGCUCAGUCUUUGUGUCCCAUUUUGCAAAGGUGUGAUAAAUAAACCCCUCUUCUUGUCA